GAAACACUACUAAACUCUCCACUACUGAUUUCUUUACUGAUUUAGCACUUUCAGUUCUGUGCAUCAAGUGUAAUCAGCAUCCAGCAUGAAUUCAUGUUACCUUCAAUAGUGAUCUUGAACAGUGCCUCUGGAUGAGGUUUGCCUUUACUAUCUUUAUCUUGAGUGAAUGGAGUCUCAGCACAUCUGAACAGUUCAUAUGGAAGUCAUCAUGUUCAUCAUGUUAGUAGCUAGCCUCUGAAUCCUCUGAAGUGCCUUUAUAUUGCACUUUUUUGCAGGCAUUUCAAGUCAAAUGCAGUACUUUAAAUGGGGUCUUACCAGUGCUGCAUGCUAUGGGAUAAUAAAGCAUGAGCUCACUAUGGCAAUGAAGUUUCAGAUAAAUCUUAAAAAUCCUGUCAUGUUGAGCUAUCACUGCCUAUAGACACUGAGAGAACAGCUCCUCAUCAGUCAUGAUCCUUAGUCUCUCUCCCAAUUUAAAUUUUCCAACCUAUGGUUUCUAAACAUAUUCAUAGACUUUUUGUUAUUAAGACUGAGGAGAAUAAUCUCACAUGUAUUGUCUUUGAGCUUUAUGAGCCAUUCAAUUCUCUUGUCUAAAAGCUUCUCUCUCCUGUCUUCUUUCCCCAUGAUGGAGAAACCUAUAUACAUGUUUCUUUUUACCAACUCACUGAUUUUACUUGUUAGGCUUUGAUUUAAAUCCUUAAUGUAAAUUGCAAACAAAGGAGGCUCACAGGCCUAGCCCUGGGGGACUCUACUCAACCCAUUGAGCAGUGAGUUUUUUUCUGAUUGGCCAUGCCCCCAGGGGUGAGUUUUUUUUGCAGAUGGGCUUCCGCUCAGAAUUUUUUACUCAUUAAAAUAAACAGUUUUUACUGCAAGCUGAUGGCAUCUGUACAAAUGUGGCAUUUUGAAUUCAAAGAUGCAGGACAUAUUGGUACAGCCACACUCCUGCAGGACCAGGAGCACGUGGCAGUACCGGUAUGGCCAUACCACUCAAUGGGUUAAAAUUCCCAAUUCCACUAAUACUUCCCACUUACACUUCCUCUCAUCAUGGCUACCAGUUACUUACCUAUCUUAAAUCCCAUAUGCCCCCUAUUCAGGAGCUAUAGCAUCCUACCGGCUCCUUGCUUGUAGGAGGGAGGUUUCCACACUGAUCACAAGAUGCCAGAUGCUUGCACACAAAGUGUCAGCUAAAGGGUGUUUCACACAAUCCAUUCUAAUUCAUGAAUUGAAUAAAUGAUGCAAGACUGUAUGGAACUUCAUUCCACUCUAUGAGUUUGCUUCUGUCCAUUCUGCCCUCCCUCCUCUAUUUAGUUGAAUCUUAGGGGUCCUGAAAUAUAGUGUCCACCACCUGUGCAACUCCUUUUGGUCUCCUAUGGAUUUUACUAUCUCUGACUGUAAUCCUGUAAUUAAGGAAAAAGUCAAGUUAUUAAACAUGAGAGAAAAUUCCAAAUUUAUGGGAUGAUUGGUGUGCAGAAGGAGAAGCAAUUGCAUAUGUUCAAGGUUGUUGAAGGAAAUCCUGGGGGGAAUAUCUCUUUGAGUCAAACUCACAGAAUAGACCAAUCUUUUGUUCCCAUGCAUGCAGUUGUGGACUUGCAUCCUCAUCAUUCAAAGUACAAUCCCCAUUCUUAACCCUUUCCCUGAUGUUGGCACAUUAUUGGGUCAACAUCCUCAUUCAGAUCAGGUGUUCAGAUUUCCCUGCCAGGGAAAGUGUUAAGAAGGCAGUUAACACAUGUAAUGAACCCAUAAAAUUUAUGCAUGAAAAAGCAUAGUGUAGACAGGCAAUAACUCAAGUGUCUAGAGCAAAUGCAGGUGAGAUGAAAAAAUCCCAGAGCUCUAUAUGCUUAAUGCUGUGAAAAGGAGUUCACAAACCAAAAGGAGUUUAAAAGUCUGUAUCAGUUUUAUGAACACCCCACAUGCUAAUUGUCAUUUAUGUAAUUUUUUCAUUAUAGGGUGAGAUGUGCUUGACUCUGGAAUUAGAUGUAAUCAAAUGAAGAAUGUCUUUCUUCUCAAAAUUUCCAUCCUUGACACCAAAAUUGUAUACUCCAUCAUCUUUAAGAUUGGAUUCACACCAUGAUGAAGAGCAAGAACUCUUUGAGCUUGAACAAGAAAGGCAAGCCUGGAUCAAUGCCAUAGCUACCAAGUAUUCAAACCUCACUUUUAUUGGGAAGACACAAGCUGACCGACUUAGUGAUACUGAAACAGAAGAGGAAGAAGAUGACAACGAUGAUGAAGAAUCUGAUGCUCAGGAUGAUGAUGAAGAGGAAGAGUAUGAUGCUGAUGGCAGUUUUGAACCUAGGGCAAGCAGUCCAAUCGAUGUCUUCAUGAACUGAAGUAUUGCCCAAUUCUCCAAAAUCUCGUCCUUGGUGUGCCUAGUUAGGACCUGCCUAUGCCCUCAGAUUCAGUGCAGUAAUCUUGUGGUUGUCAUAAGGCAUAUGUGAAAAAAGCAGACAAAAAACUAAUUCUUGCAAAGAUUAAUAAGUGUGAUUUCCAAAAUGUUUGUAUUGGCGGAGAUGAAGCAUGCAGUGCGCAUUCCACCUUGGAAUUUCAAUCUGAAGCUGACAGAGGCAGUAGUGAAGGAAUUGAACAAGAAGCUUGCAAAUACAGUAAUGCUUAACGUUGGUCUGUGCAUCAUGGUCUUUGACAUUAUGAAGAUGGAAGAAUCCUACAUCAUACCAGGAGAUGGUGCAUCCCAUACAAAAGUUCACUUCCGCUGUGUUGUGUUUCGCCCCACCAUUGAGGAGAUCCUUGUUGGCAAGAUCAAGAGUUCAUCCCGUGAAGGUGUUCAUGUGACCCUGGGAUUCUUCGAUGACAUCGUGAUUCCACCAGAAUCCCUUCAACAUCCUUCUCGAUUUGAUGAGGGGGAGCAGUUGUGGGUUUGGGAAUAUGAGACAGAAGAUGGGAAGCAUGACCUCUUCAUGGAUUCAGGAGAGGAGAUUCGGUUCCGAGUGACAGCUGAGACAUUCACUGAUACUUCACCAAUGAUGAGUCCUGGUGGCAUUCCCCUGAAAAAUGAUGCUGCCUCCAGCUCAGGGGCAACCUCAGAUAAUGAAACCUCGAAGUCUAUGAUACCCUACUUGCUCACUAUGGAAAAGGCCCACAAUGCUGUUGUCUUCCUAAUGACUGGGAUCCACAUGGAUACAGGGAAUGACUGA